UAAAAAGAGGCUUGUGAUUUCCGCCAUGAACAACAAUCUACCAAAAUCCGACUCUCAUAGUUCGUACCGAACAAUCGGAAUCGAAAUAUUCUUGUCCGAUAAUGGCAUCUUAAUUCAACUCUUUUAUGUUGGAAUCAGUACAGGUUAGCUUCCAUGGCGGACCUUUCUAUUGUUGUUUGGGUGGAAGGAGAAUCUCUGGAGCGGUGGAUGGGUAAAAAAGAUCGGACACAACGAGAAAAUUCUGAGAUUAUGAACAGUGGAUUUUGUCAUGAUUUACUUGGACAGACGAAGCAUCCUGUGUAUUUAAAUUCGGGUAUGAGAUCAGCGAUUGUGGUCCAUGGAGAAACGGCUUCGACAAUACUUUUCGAUUAUUUUUCGCCAUUUGGCAUUGAACUUGUACCCCUUUUGCCUGUUCAAGUACUCAGGGGGAAGUGUGUAGUACUGGGUUUUGAGUUUGUCUUACCAGCUUUGAAGGCGGUGAUAGUGGACAUUCUUUUCUUCCCUAAGGCAUGUUUCUGA